AUGGAGAAUCAGUCGCCGAGACUACUGCAGACACAACUGACGAUGGUGCCAACGCAGCGUCCCCAGAGAAGCGUUUGGAAGAGGCUGUCGUGCCCCAUAGCGCUGCCGAUCGCUCAACAAGUGGUGUUGCAGAGGCCAACAGAUUCCAGAAGGAUGACCAGCUGGUUGCAGGAGCCGGAACGCAGUCUGUGA